GGAAGUAACCCAUAUCAUAGGCUACAGCAGCAUGCUUUAGCUGUAUCUACCUCUGUAAAUUCUGUACUUUAAAGAAUGUCCCACAUUUAAUGAAUGGCACUCCAAAACGAGACAAACUCUGCAGCGCUUUCUUUAACGCGUCAUCAUUCCACUUAUUAUUAAGUGUAAUUUAAUGUCACUUAAGGCCUUUAGGGCUCGGAAAUCUUCAAGUUCAUAGCUCAUCUUUAGCUGCCAUAAAUGUAGGCACUGUCACUAAUUAAUGGCAAUGAAAUGAUUGCAAUUGACCAGGAAAAACAUACAGCACUGAUUAAAAUUGAUGGGUAGUCGUAUUUAAUUCAGGGUGGGAAGAAAUUUGGUUUUUAAUGAGAACACGUCACAGGUAUACCUUGUCGUCAAUUCAGAAUACGCAAUUCCGGAUGAAACGGCUCAAAAUUCCCGACAUGUAAGGUGCAGAUUCAUUCCAGAUGGCUUGGAGGGCAUGUGCAUCGCCUCAUGUAGUAUGUUCGACAGGAUUUUGAUCCAGUUUACGCACUUCCUGUCCGUUUGAAGCAUUAUUGUGUCGUAAUGCAAGGUGACGUUACCAUUGCAAUGGCAUCUGAUGUGGUUGAUAUAGUUGCGUAAAUAGUUUGCUGGAUUACGAUAGGACGGACAAGUGCCACGGUUUUUAAAAUCUCCAAUAAUUUCGUGAAUUUGUGGCGUCGAGGGCUUUUCAAAUAGAGCUGAAAUACGAUGGCCAGACCAGGCCGAUAUGUCAGGAUUUGCAGCCCUCUGUCUCCUCAGCCUGAUCCCCCUCCUCCUCCUCCUUUAGAACCAAAUUUUGUGGCCCAGAUCGGCACCAUACUCUUUCCUGUGAUAGCAGCUGUAGAAUGUGCGAUUUUCACGCUCAUCAAUUGUUUUACUGCUAAAUCUGACACUCGUUCUCUUCCUCGCGGUGUUGCUGCUUCGCUCGCAUCCGAGACUAUCUUCAGCAUAAAUGAAGUUGAGGCCCUAUAUGAAUUAUUUAAGAAACUGAGUAGCUCUGUAAUUGAUGAUGGCUUAAUACACAAGGAAGAAUUCCAUCUGGCACUGUUCAGAAGCACAAGCAGAGAGAACCUGUUCGCAGAUAGAGAUUUGGCUUCUGUGCAAAAAUCUCGAAUCUCAUCUAUAAGAUUUUCUACAAUCUCAGAUGUUUUUGAUCUAUUUGAUGUAAAACGUAAUGGAGUCAUUGAAUUUGCGGAGUUUGUUAACUCUCUUAAUGUCUUCCAUCCACACGCACCUCAAGCAGACAAGAUUGAUUUUGCUUUUAGAAUUUAUGAUUUGAGGCAGACUGGUUAUAUUGAACGUGAAGAACUAAAGCAGAUGAUAACAGCUCUGUUGAAUGAAUCCGAUGUAAAAGUCACCGAUGAAGUUCUUGAAUCUAUAUUGGAUAAGACAUUUUCAGAUGCAGAUUUUCGUCAUGAUGGUAAAAUUGAUAGAGAAGAAUGGAGAGAGUUUGUUGUCCGGAACCCUUCUAUUUUGAAGUUCAUGACUCUCCCUUAUUUGAAGAAUAUCACUAUAGCAUUUCCAAGCUUUAUCUUCAACACUGAAGUGGAUGAUCCCAGUAAGUCUAAUGACUUGUGAAGAAUCUCUUUACAACUAAAGAAAUUCUUGAGACAGCCAUCCUUUGAUUAUUUCAUUUAAAUUUUCCCUAAUGCGUGGCAUGCUCAGAAGAUAUGUUUCUCAAUGAUGAAAGAAGUGAAGGGUAAAGGGCAUUCCUUGUACUUGAUCAAAACUAUUUCUGAGCAUCGUUGAUUCAAAAUGGGUUGGCCACACGCAACGAGAAUAACUUCUUAACUAACUAUAGUCAAGUCAUUUAUAGAGCUUCUGUAUGUAUAUGCAAUGUAUAUGCUAUAUGGAGCCUCUUUUUGAGUAGAAAUGUAUAAUAUGCUAUGUAGUGGAUAGUAUUAUUGUAGAAUAGAUGAUAGAUAAUUUAUGGUAUAUUACAAGAUAGAUAAUAGUUGAGAAGAAGUUAUUACUUAUUUAUUGAUUUUUAAUAGGCACAAAUAUGAUUAUAUUGAUUAAUUGAUUUAAA